AGUGAACAGUCGCUAGUCAGCGCACGGGCCUCAGUGAUGGUGUACGAUGACUCACACAAAAGAUGGCUGCCCAGUGGCACGUCGCAAGGGAUCUCAAAGGUUCAUAUUUAUCAGCACGUCAUUAACAACACGUUCAGGGUCGUCGGCAGAAAGUUGCAAGAUCAUGAGGUCUCUAUUAACUGUGCUAUAUUGAGAGGUUUGAAAUAUAACCAAGCAACGCCAACAUUUCAUCAGUGGAGAGAUAAUAGACAGGUGGUGUUUGGAUUGAACUUCAGUAGCAAAGAAGAGGCAGAUUCAUUUGCACAGACAAUGAUGGUAGUUCUUGACACUCUAUCAGGUGCUUGCAUCGGAGGUAUGCAUUUAAUUAUAGUUUUAUAA